AUCAUCGGCUUCCCUCCGGCUCGAGCCAAUCUCUCGCUGUGUCUCUCUCGCGCUCUCCACUAGCACCGGCUCGGCUCGGCUCGCGCGGCGGCGGCGGCGGGGCGGCGUGGCGCCGAGGGAGGGGAACGCCGGUGUGGGGAGGGCGGCGGCGAGGGGACUCGCCGGCGACGAGCUGGUUUGGGUAUGAGAGGGGUUACCCAUGCGGCGCCGACCACGAGCGUCCCCCGCCGCGGCUCCAUGGACGGCCUCCUCAUCUUCGUCUUCUACCUCUCGCUUCCUAUACGUGGUGGCCGCGACCACUCGUUAAUCUCCUCCUCUAAUUGUUAGCCGAUCUCGCCUCUCCCCCACACUCUCUGAUCCCGCUCUCUCUCUCUGCUUCGAUUCGAUUCGAUUCGAUCUUCUCCACCUCGUCGCCGUCGAACGCAACUCGGAUCGGGAGGAUAAUGGACCAGCCUUCUAAUGGCUUCGCCGCCGGAGGUCUUUUUCUUCGUCACAUUGAUGGGCAAAAUGCCUCUCCCCCUUCUGUCAUUGUGAUUGGUGGAGGGAUUUCAGGCAUUGCAGCUGCUCGUGCGCUGUCUAAUGCUUCGUUUAAGGUCACACUAUUAGAGUCACGGGACCGACUUGGUGGCCGUGUGCAUACUGACUAUUCUUUUGGCUGCCCAAUUGACAUGGGAGCAUCUUGGUUGCAUGGUGUAUGCAAUGAGAAUUCAUUGGCACCACUGAUUAGGUUGCUUGGCCUUAGAUUAUAUCGCACCAGUGGUGAUAACUCUGUGCUAUAUGACCAUGAUCUGGAGAGCUAUGCUCUCUUUGAUAAGGAUGGUCGUCAAGUUCCCCAGGAGAUAGUGACAAAAGUCGGGGAAACAUUUGAGAAAAUUCUUAAGGAGACGGUGAAAGUAAGAGCUGAACAUGAAGAUGACAUGCCUCUUAUUCAAGCCAUCUCAAUUGUGCUUGACAGGAAUCCACACCUAAAGCUUGAUGGUUUGCAAUAUGAAGUACUGCAGUGGUGCAUAUGUAGGCUGGAGGCAUGGUUUGCCACAGAUGUGGAUAAUAUAUCUCUGAAAAAUUGGGAUCAGGAACAUGUUCUUACUGGUGGCCAUGGGCUUAUGGUGCAUGGUUAUGAUCCUGUUAUCAAAGCUCUCGCGCAAGAUCUUGAUAUCCACCUGAACCACAGGGUUACCAAAAUCAUCCAGAGGUACAACAAAACUAUAGUAUGUGUUGAAGAUGGGACAAGCUUUGUUGCAGAUGCUGCUAUAAUAACUGUCCCUCUUGGUGUACUUAAAGCAAAUAUCAUCAAGUUUGAACCUGAGCUCCCAGAUUGGAAGCUUUCAUCAAUAUCUGAUCUUGGUAUUGGCAUUGAGAACAAAAUAGCCCUCCGCUUCAAUAGUGUAUUUUGGCCAAAUGUAGAAGUGCUAGGCAGGGUUGCCCCAACAUCAAAUGCCUGCGGUUACUUUCUUAACCUUCACAAAGCCACAGGGCAUCCGGUUCUUGUAUGCAUGGUAGCAGGAAGAUUCGCAUAUGAAUUCGAGAAGCUAUCCGAUGAAGAAUCCGUAAACUUUGUCAUGUCUCAGCUCAAGAAAAUGCUACCAGGAGCUACUGAACCGGUCCAGUAUUUGGUUUCAAGGUGGGGAACCGACCCGAAUUCGCUUGGUUCUUAUUCCUGCGACCUUGUUGGGAAGCCAGCUGACUUGUAUGAAAGAUUCUGUGCUCCGGUGGGCAACCUGUUUUUCGCUGGGGAGGCCGCCUGCAUCGAUCACUCUGGGUCCGUGCAUGGAGCUUAUUCUUCAGGCAUUGUUGCUGCAGAGGAUUGCCGAAGGCAUCUGUCGACGCAGCUAGGCAUCUCCGACCUUUUCCAGGUUGGGAAGAUUAUCAUGAGGGAGGAGAUGACUGAAGUCAUGGUCCCCUUCCAGAUAUCCAGGCUGUGAAAGAAGAACAAAGCCUGCCUAUUUAGCACCGUGUUUAUCCUGCAGCUGCUAUGGUUAAUAUUGUAGCUGCUGCUCUGUAGUUUCCUAAUUAUCUCAGAUCCUGUACCGUUUCACAGUUUGAUCGUUUAUGUGUAUUCAAAUAAAAACAGAAUAAUUAUAUAUCAACAGACCUUGUUCUCUGAAUCCAUGGAUAUUGCUUUUCA